AAACAAUGUAUCAACCGUUAAUAGAUAAUACACAAGAUACGGUAGAAGCAGAAAAGAAGCUUGUUCGAAAGUUGGAUACAAGGCUUUUGCCCUUUUUAAGUUUUAUGUAUCUUUUUUCUUCUUUAGAUAGAUCCAGCUUAGGCAAUGCUGUACUUGAUCAUUUUGAACAAGAUGUUGGUAUUACACCUGAUCAAUUCAAUUCCUGUGUCACCAUAUUUUAUGUUGGCUUCUUGUUAUUUCAAAUACCAAGCAACAUUCUAUUAAAGCGAUUUACUGCAAGACGAUGGCUGCCUUUGUUAAUGAUAUGCUGGGGAACAAUGGCCAUUCUUCAUGCAACAGUCAAAAGCUAUGCUGAAUUAAUGACCUUGCGUUUCUUUCUUGGUUUCUUUGAAGCUGGGUUCUUUCCUGGUGUUGUUUAUUUUUUGACCUUGUUCUAUAAGAAGAGUGAGAUGGCAACCCGUAUUGCUUUAUUUUGGGGAUCCACAGUAGCUGCUCAUGCCUAUGCGGGUGUACUUGCUUAUGGUAUUUUACAGUUGAGAGGAUCAGGUGGAUUAGCAGGUUGGCAAUGGUUGUUUUUAAUUGAAGGAAUACCUACUGUGAUUGUGGCCUGUAUUGCAUUUUUCUAUUUGCCUGAAUCACCUGCUACAUGGUCUGUCUUUACGGAGCAAGAGCAACAAUUGGCUAUCAGUCGAUUAGAGGAUGGUAUUUCUCAUCAUAUCACUUUAGGUGAUUUGAAUGCUACGAAUAAGAAGCAAGCAUUGAAAGCACUCACAGACUGGAAAGUAUGGAUGUAUAUGAUCAUGUUCUUCUGUGGAAGUGUACCGAACACAAGUAUCUCAAAUUUUUUACCUUCUAUUGUCAAGGGCAUGGGAUAUGACGAUAAGCUUUCUGCUAAUUUGAUGUCAGCUCCUCCUUAUGUGGGUGCUGUAUUUGUGAUGAUACUGGCUGCCUAUUCUUCUGAUCGCAAAAAGGAUCGUGCUUAUCAUGCUAUUGCAGGUGCUUCUAUCUGCAUGGCUGGCUAUAUUAUCCUGACUGUCUGUACUGAACGAGCUGCUUUAUAUACAGGUGUCUGUAUUGCAGUAGCUGGUAUUUUUGUCAUUAAUCCUAUUGUCAAUGCUUGGCUAACAAGUAAUAUUGCACCCAAUAUGAAGAAAGGCGUGGCUACUGCUAUGGCUGUGUCUGCUAAUAAUUCAGCUGGUCUACUUGGCUCCAAUAUUUAUCGUCAUUCAGACGCACCUCGUUACUUACGUGGUCAUUUAAUCAACUUGAUCUUUAUCUCUCUCUUUGUUAUAUUGACUAUCACUCAAAGAUAUCUUUUAGACAGAGUCAAUCAAGAGAGAAGACAAACAAUUGAGAAAUUAACAGUAGAUGAAUUAGCAGAAUUACAAGAAGAUGAUACACGCAUAGGUGAUGAAUCACUUGAAUUUGAAUAUAGGCUUUAAUAAACUAUUCCAAAACUGAAUUAGUGCUGAGUGUGCACAAUGGAUCACAAAGUAGUUAAGUAUAUCGAAACUGAA